AAAAGAAAUCUCAAUCUCGACAACAAGCUCUCAAUAACUAAAAGACUCGCCUUCAAAUGUCUUCCAUCACCUACUACGAACCAUUCUACAACUUCGACCGCUUCUUUGACGAGUUCUUCUCCAGAACCGGAACGACGCCGACUCCAUCUCAAGCUGUCGAAGGCGGACAAAGCGUCCAGAGGCGCAACUCCGAAGCAAUUUCUCAGUCUCUCAAACCAAGAAUGGACCUUCACGAAGACUCCGAGAAAAACACAGUCACCGCCAGUUUCGAGCUUCCUGGGCUAAAAAAGGAGGAUGUCCAGAUCGACAUACACGAUGGUCGGUUGACGGUGUCUGGAGAGACCAAAGUCUCUGAAGAGCAUAAUAAAGACGGAUAUGCCAUCCGUGAACGACGAUUUGGAAAGUUUUCGAGGACUUUGAGGCUUCCUCAAGGGGUGAAUGAGGAAGAAAUAAAGGCAUCUCUCGAUAAUGGCGUUCUCAUUGUCUCCUUCCCCAAGACUGGCAAGGAGGCAGCACCCAAGAAGAUUACUAUCUCUUAGAUUUGAACGUUUCGGGGAUGUUAUUCAGGAAAUUUGGUCAUUCGUAACUCAUGUAGCAUAAAACGAAUAUUGAUGAAUGUAUUGAUACUAUACUCCGGUCGAAUUUGCGGUACUACUAUCAUUUGGUAGGUGUUGAAAAAUUUGGAAAGAUUGCUCCCGGA